AUGACCGGGCCAUCGAUACAAGACCGGACCGGCGAGUUCAGCGCCAUCCUAAGCCAGACCCAAAAGCGACUAGGGGCAUCGAAAGUCGGAACACAGCGCCAGGCUCUGUUGACUGAUGCGCAAAGACGUCAAUCAAAUAUGUCGCCUACAGGUGCCGCGCAAGAGGCAAAGGUGGCAAGGUCGGAGUUUGCGCGGCGGGCACGAGAUAUCGGAAGGGGGAUCACCGGAACAAUGGCCAAAUUGCAGCGACUGGCUGAAUUGGCGAAACGGAAAACGCUGUUCGACGACCGACCUGUGGAGAUUUCCGAAUUGACGUACGUGAUCAAACAAGAUCUUGCCGGGUUGAACCAAAGCAUUGCCUCGCUGCAGGCGCUCACCCAAGCACAACACCCCAAGUCAACCCGUUCUAAGACAGACCAGGAGGGAGAACACAAUGAUAAUGUAAGUGAGACACGAGAAGACAAGCACGGACGCGUUGCUGAUGGCCUUCACCAGGUUGUUGUUAUGUUGCAGGGAAAGUUGGCCGAUGUAGGUGCCAGUUUCAAGGAGGUGCUCGAGGUCCGCACGAAGAACAUCCAAGCAUCCCGAACACGAACCGAGAACUUUGUCUCCUCCGUAUCCUCGAAGUCACACAGUGCCCUUGACACACAGCGCUCAGAUUCUCCUUUGUAUAAUCCAUCGGGACGACGGACACCGCAGCCUGGAUACCAGGGCAAUUCUUCCGACCUAUUGACGCUUGAGCCCUCAAACCCUUCGCCAUUAGGGCGGCCAUCGUUCCAAUCAGACCAGCAGCUUCUGGUCAUGGAAGAGGGUGAAUCGAGUAAUACAUAUGUGCAAGCUCGAGGCGAAGCCAUCGAGGCUAUCGAGCGAACCAUCAGCGAGUUGGGUGGCAUUUUCGGCCAGCUGGCGCAGAUGGUCAGCGAGCAGUCAGAAAUGAUUCAGCGCAUAGAUGCCAAUACCGAAGAUGUGGUCGACAACGUCCAGGGCGCGCAGAGGGAACUCAUGAAAUACUGGACGCGAGUGUCUGGGAAUCGCUGGCUAAUCGCGAAGAUGUUUGGUAUUCUGAUGAUCUUCUUCCUUCUCUGGGUCUUGAUUUCGUGA